CAUUUAUUUAAAUUUUAAAAUAAUAAGUAAAAAAAAGUCAAAAACUAAAUUAAAAAAUGACAUCCACCAUGCGUCAAUAUUACAUUCUAUAUUCAUUUAUUUUUAUUUUGAUGAAAUAUAUUCAAUUAUUAGGAUACCUCAAUUUGAAACACUCUAUAUAUACUCUUCUAGAGUACUCUAUUGCGCCAAACAAAGAAAUGAGGAUCUUCACAAAGCUCUCUGCACCACUCUGCCUCCUUUUUGUCUUCCUCUGUCUUAAAAUUGCCUUCUCAUCCUCUAUACAUGCUUCUUCCUUCUCAACAACGCAUAUCUGCUCUCAUGAGGAGGCUCUUGCUUUGCUACAAUUCAAGACAUCCUUCUCCAUCAAUUACACUGUUUUGGAUCCAGAUUAUUGUGGGGAAAAUUAUUCUAAGAUUGAGUCAUGGAAGGAAGGUACAGACUGUUGUUGCUGGGAUGGAGUUAGCUGUGAUAAUGUCACAGGCCAUGUAAUUGCCCUUAAUCUCUGCUGCAGUUUCCUUUAUGGCACCUUUCCUUCCAACAGCACUCUUUUCUUCCUCAAAAACCUGCAGAGCCUCAAUCUUUCCUUGAAUGAUUUUAGGCAUUCCAAGAUUCCAUCGGAAAUCAGCCAGUUUACUAGACUAAAGCAUCUUGAUGUCUCUUCUUCUCGAUUUUCGGGCCAAGUUCCGGGAGAAAUUGCUCACCUCCCCAAGUUAGUUUCUCUCAAUCUCUCUAGUUAUUACAUUUCUUCUGACUUGAUCCUUGAAACAACUACCUUCAAAAAUCUUGUUCAUAACUUGAGUGAGGUGAGAGAACUUGUGCUUAAUGGAGUGAACAUGACUUCUGUUAAUCCUCGUUUCUUCAUGAAUCUCUCUUCUUCUUUGACUUCUCUUCGUCUUUUUGAUUGUCAGUUAAGAGGAAACUUUUCAAAUAGUAUUUUCCGCUUUCCAAAUCUCAAGAGGUUUAGUUUAGGUGGAAAGGGAAAUCUCACUAUUGAUCUUCCAAGUUCCAAUUGGAGCAGUCCUCUCCAACAGUUGGUUUUAGGUGAUAUGGAUUGUGGAAGGCGAUUGCGAGAGUCUAUAGCAGAUCUAAAGUCAUUACAGUCUCUGACUCUUUUCUGCAACUUGAAAGGUUCCAUUCCAGCUUCCAUUGGGAACUUAACACAACUUACCUUUCUUUACCUUUCCAAUAAUCAGUUUUCUAGUCCCAUUCCAUCAUCACUUGCAAACCUCACCCAACUUACCUCUCUUGACCUUUCCAAUAAUCAGUUUUCUAGUCCCAUUCCAGCUUCCAUAGGUAACUUAAGGCAACUCACUAGGCUAGACCUCUCUUCUAACAAUCUUAGCGGACAAAUCCCAUCGUCACUUGCAAACCUCACCCAACUUACCUCUCUUGACCUUUCCAAUAAUCAGUUUUCUGGUCCCAUUCCAGCUUCCAUAGGUAACUUAAGGCAACUAACUGACCUAAGCCUCUCUUUUAACAAUUUUAAUGGACAAAUCCCAACAUCACUUGCAUACCUCACACAACUUACCUCUCUUGAUCUUUCCAAUAAUCAGUUUUCUGGUCCCAUUCCUUUUCAUGCAAGUAGGUUUUCCAAACUAAGCAAUCUGGACUUAUCUUAUAACUUACUUAAUGGCAUGUUGCCACCUUGGAUUUUCACCCUACCUUUUUUAAAAGGCUUGUAUCUCAAUCAUAACCAAUUUCAAGGUCAAAUAAAUCAAUUCCAGCAAAAAUCCCUCAUACGUCUAGAUUUGUCAAACAAUAAACUCCAGGGCUCAAUUCCUAACUCAAUUGCUAAUUUAGUAAAUCUUAGUUAUCUUGAUUUAUCAUCAAAUCAUUUUAGUGAUUUAGUAGUAUCUGACAUAUUCUCACUUCAAAAUCUAGAAACCAUCAUUCUUUCAAACAAUAAUCUGUCCUUGAGAAUGAAUGUCGAUGCCAACUUCACAUUACCUAAACUAACUAAUGUUUUCUUGUCUUCUUGUAACUUGAGUGAAUUCCCCAUUUUCUUAAGACAUUCAAAUGGUCUGCAAAGCCUAGUGGUAUCCAAAAAUAGCAUUCAUGGAAAUAUUCCCGAAUGGAUAUGUGAAAAGGAUGAUCUUGAAAUUCUUGACCUUUCUCAUAACAAUUUAAUCGGGAAGAUUCCAAAUUGUCUUUCUAAGUCUCUCUCAGUGUUGGAUUUGCAAGCCAAUUACUUUGAUGGAAAUAUACCUUUUGGGUUUCCAAAGGGCUGUGGGUUACGAAAUCUCAACUUACAUGGAAAUCAAAUGGACGGGCCAUUACCAAGGUCUUUGGUGAAUUGUAGCAAGUUAGAGGUUAUUGACGUUGGCAACAACAACAUAGAGGAUACAUUCCCUCAUUGGUUGGAAUCUCUACCAGACCUUCAAGUGCUUGUCUUAAGGUCCAACAAGUUCCACGGUUUUGUGCAGAGCACCAAAGAAAGUCCAUCUUUCCUCAGGUUACGAGUUCUGGAUCUCUCCAACAAUGGUUUUCUUGGUCCUUUGCCUGUUCAGUACAUCGAAAAUUUUAAAGCGAUGAUGGAACUUUAUAGAGAUGAGGGUUCUCCUGAAUACAUGAAUGUCAGUUCUUAUCAAUAUUCACUGGUUGUGACAAUUAAGGGAUUAGACUAUGAGCUGCAGGGAAUCUUGAAAAUAUUCACUAGCAUUCAUCUCUCAAAUAACAUGUUUGAGGGAGAAAUUCCAGAUGUUAUGGGAAAGCUUAGUUCUCUCAAAGGGCUUACUCUUUCUCAUAACAACCUUACUGGUCAUAUCCCACUGUCACUAGGGAAUUUGACGAAUCUGGAAUGGUUGGAUCUCUCUUCCAACGAGCUGGCAGGGAAAAUUCCUGAUGAAUUGGUAUCUUUGACACAACUCUCCGUAUUGAAUCUUUCAAAUAAUCAUCUUGUCGAACGCAUACCACAAGGCAAUCAGUUCAACACCUUUGGAAAUGGUUCUUAUGAAGGAAACCUUGAACUGUGUGGAAUCCCAUUGUCAAAAUCUUGUGAUGGAAUUGGGACACUGCCGAGCUCCUUCCAAGAAAAAGAUGAGUUAUGGAGAUUUGGCUGGAGAGUUGUGGUGUUAGGCUAUGGAUGUGGAGUUGUUUUUGGACUGCUGAUGGGAUAUCUUGUAUUCCGAACAGGAAAACCAAAAUGGUUUGUGUCUUUGUUUGAUGGCCGACCAAGUCAAAGCGGAAGAAAGAUGAGGAAAGCCAGAAGACUUGUUCAAAGAAGAACGUAGUUGCAGAGUUGAUGUUUUAGAGCUUCUGAUUUAAUGUUUCCUGAAUAAGUGCUUUUUGGGUUUGAAGUUCUUGUUAUGGCUGGCAUUGGCUUGUCUAAAAUUGUCAGCCUUCUCUUGUCUUUAUUAUGCUUUGUAAUUUUGUCUUUCUUUAUUGUAAAAUAUAUUUGAAGUUUGAAGCUGUUAAUCUUUCUUUAUUAAUGUACUUCCUUAAAUGGGUUGGUAUCAAACUGGAAGCGAAGGUGUGUCAAGUUUCAUUCUUUACAAUUUUUGUUCUUGAGAUUCCCAUUAGCAGAGUCAUAAAAAUUCUUGCUUUACAUUUUUGAGCUGAAGGGGAAGUUUGAAUUUUGAGAUGGGAUUUUGAUGGAAUCAUUUCAUGAUCGUGGAAUCUGGAUUUUGGGAUGGUUAUCGUUGUAGGGAUAUAACUGUAAUUGUAAA